AUGACAUCAUCCACGACGUUCUUCGAGAACAAAACCAAGACGAUACACACCGCAGCGUGUCUGAUCAUCGGCGAUGAGGUUCUGGGGGGGAAGACCAUCGACACAAACUCGGCCUACUUUGCCCGCUGGUGUUUCUCACUCGGCAUCCAGCUCAAGCGCGUCGAAGUCAUCGCCGACGACGAAGACGAAAUCAUCGAGGGGGUGCGCCGCAUGAGCUCCAAAUACGACUUUGUCGUAACCAGCGGCGGCAUUGGGCCCACGCACGACGACAUCACCUACCAAUCGAUCGCAAAGGCGUUUGGGCUGCGACUGAAACUGUACGAACCGGCAUUUGCGCGCAUGAAGGCAUUGUCGAAACCGCAUCCGACUCAGCCCCAUUUCGACUGGGAUACACCUUCGCCCCAGCUCACGGCGCGGUUGCGCAUGGUUGAGAUUCCGUAUGAUGAUGCGAUUGAGGAGGAGACACAGAGUGUCUUUGUGGCGGAUGACUCGUGGGUGCCGGUUGCGACUGUGAAUGGGAAUGUGCAUAUUUUGCCGGGGGUGCCGCGACUGUUCGAGAAAUUGUUGGAUGGGUUGAAGGCUGUUGUGACUCCGCGACUGGCUGAUCCAGAGGGCAGUGGCUCGUAUAGGGUGCUUAUCAGCACGCCUCUGCCGGAAAGUACGGUUGCUGCUUACCUUACCGAGCUCGCCCUGCGCGUCAUGCCGCAUGGCGUCAAGGUUGGGAGUUAUCCGCGAUGGGGGAAUAAGCGGAACACAGUGACGCUGGUCGGUAGUGACAAGAAAUAUAUCGAUUCGUUGGUGGCGGAAGUUGAGAAGAAUGUAGAAGGAAGGCGAGUGUCGAGGGAGGAUGAAGAUGAUCCUCCAUCUGAUACAGAGGCACAGAAAUAG